UUUUCAGCUCGGCGGAGAAGCCUGCACCACCGUCUGGGUGGAGGACCUCCAGGGACAGCCAGGAUUCUACCUCUCUUUCUCCGGAGAGCUUUCCCAUCCGUCAAGCCCCAGUCACCAGGUGGCUAUGGCCUCAUUGUCGACUCAGGGUCCAGCGGCCCCUGACUUAUUUUCUGGGCUGCUGCCUGCGGCUUCAAGUCCGGUCAACCAGAGCUCAGAGGCGGUGGUGGGCAAUGGGUCGGCGGCUGGUCCAGGCUCCCAGGCCAUCACACCGUUCCAGAGCCUGCAGCUGGUGCAUCAGCUGAAGGGGCUGAUUGUGCUGCUCUACAGCGUCGUGGUGGUCGUGGGGCUUGUAGGCAACUGCCUGCUGGUGCUGGUGAUCGCACGGGUGCGUCGGCUGCACAACGUGACCAACUUUCUCAUCGGUAACCUGGCCCUGUCCGACGUGCUCAUGUGCGCCGCCUGCGUCCCUCUCACGCUGGCCUACGCAUUCGAGCCACGCGGCUGGGUGUUCGGCGGCGGCCUGUGUCACCUGGUCUUCUUCUUGCAGCCGGUCACCGUCUACGUGUCGGUGUUCACACUCACCACCAUUGCGGUGGACCGCUACGUCGUGCUGGUGCACCCGCUGCGCCGGCGCAUCUCGUUGCGCUUCAGCGCCUACGCGGUGCUGGCCAUCUGGGCGCUGUCCGCGGUGCUAGCACUGCCGGCCGCCUUGCACACCUACCACGUGGAGCUCAAGCCGCACCGCGUGCGCCUCUGCGAGGAGUUCUGGGGGUCCCAGGAGCGCCAGCGCCAGCUCUACGCUUGGGGGCUGCUGCUCGUCACCUACCUGCUCCCCCUGCUGGUCAUCCUCCUGUCUUACGUCCGGGUGUCGGUGAAUCUCCGGAACCGCGUGGUUCCGGGCUGCGUGACCCAGAGCCAGGCCGACUGGGACCGCGCGCGACGUCGCCGCACCUUCUGCCUGCUGGUGGUGGUUGUGGUGGUGUUCGCCGUCUGCUGGCUGCCGCUGCACGUCUUCAACCUGCUGCGGGACCUCGACCCGCACGCCAUAGACCCCUACGCCUUCGGCUUAGUGCAGCUGCUCUGCCACUGGCUGGCCAUGAGCUCCGCCUGCUACAACCCCUUCAUCUACGCCUGGUUGCACGACAGCUUCCGCGAGGAGCUCCGCAAACUGUUGCUGGCCUGGCCCCGCAAGAUUGCUCCGCACGGCCAGAGCAUGACAGUCAGCGUGGUGAUCUGAUGCCACUGUGCCAGGCCUUGGGGAACUCCAGUCCAGUGGUCUCCGGAGGGUGCCCACCCGGAGGCCGGACUGGAGGGAUUAUUCCAGAGCUAGGCUAAUACUAAACUAAUGUGGCUCCAAACUGCCAGCCCACCCCUCUCGUCCCUCUGUCUUACCUUGCAUUCGUGUCACUGUAAAAUGUUACGUAGGCUUUGAUGAAACUCAUGCUUUGCUUGGAGGAGGCCAGGGAGAACAAAAGAGGUUUUACUGUUUUCUCCUUUUACCACUGAAGGCCAAAAAAAGCUCUUUCCCCUGGUUCAGAUAAUAUUUCAGAAACGUGACUGUUUUCCUUGCUUUCCCUUCUGCUUGUUCCAUAGGGAGUGAAGGAGCAAUAAGCAUGGGGUUUAAAAUGGCUGGUUGGGGUUGGUAAAGCUUUUCAGGUUGCCUUUUAAAAAGGACUCACCUGAGAUAUAAUACAGAAUAGCGCUUAGUUCAUUCAAACCCAUUACCUUCUAGGAUUCCAGGGAAACAUGUAUUACAAAUCUGUAGCUAGAAUUUCAGCAUUUCCUGAACAAGAGCUUUAUAUGCCAAAGGGAUUUUCACUUUAAAUCCACUUGCAUUUAUAGCACAAAAUACUUACAAAUCACCUUCAAGAGGUUUUGCUAUUGUUUUCUCUCUUCCUUAUCCCCCAAUUGCUGUUUGACAAUGAUGAGAUAAAUUAGUUGAUGAAGAGAUAGAUAACAUAGGAGUAAAGUGGAAAAGGUUCACACAAGGGGAAAUAUAACUGCACAGGACAGACUAUCUGUGUGUAUGUUUGUGUAUAUACACAACUAGUGUUUGCCACAAGGCACGCACUCAAAUAUUUGGCUUUCUGAAUGCUCAAUGUAAACUGUGAGCUGCAACACACUCUUGUAUUCUCUAAUUGAUCUUGCAACAAAUCAACAGCUGUGAACUGACUGCUCAACACCUGCUCCGUGGUGACAUACUUGGAGCAUGAUCAACUCAGAAUACAAGGACUAGGAGAAGCUUACUGAAAGCCAGAACAGAAAAAUAAACUGCUGCCUACAGGAUGUACAGAUCAAACAUGUAAUUCCUUCCAGGGCUAAGGGAAUAGGGGAAGACUGUUGGGCCAUGAUACCAGGCUGCUAAUUCUUACCCUAACAUCCCAAGAGUUCUUUAAA